AAACGCAUGGGCAGGACAAAGAGAAAAGACCAAGAUGGCUGACUGGGUGGCUUCGACUUUCCAGGAUGUUUCAAAUUUACGAUAAAACAGCUAUAUGGAUUCACGGCAAAUAUAUAUAUAUACAUCAAUAAAUACAUCAAAUAUUCCCUUUUCUAAAGCCUAUGACAUGGAAGUUGAGUCUGGAGCGACGGAGUGUUAUCGAAGUGAAGAACGUAGACGACUACUGCUAUGCUAAAAUGGCCACCAACUUCCAGCAAAUCACCAACGGAGAUAAAGACGAAAACUGCAAAUGAAAAUGAGUGAGUCGAAUUUCCCAACAGUGUCAUUUUGGAAGCAAUCAUAAGCACCGAAAAGAGUGUUGAUGAUACAUCUGAGGAUUUUCUUGAAGAAUGUAAAGAAAGAGCCGCCAUGAUUGUUAGCUUGAAGAAGGCAGUGGAGUUCACAUCAGAGGAGAUGAAAGAAUGCAAAAGUCAAAUGAAGAAAGUGGAAGAGCAAAACAAGCGCUUGUGUAAAGAAAAUGAUGAUGUGAAAGAAGAGAUUUUGGUGAAGACUGAGAGAUGUGCAGUGUGUGAAGAGAAGACUGGACCACAUGUCUACAUCAAGGUGCAGAGGAUUGGAGACGUCCAGCAGCUGAUUGGUCAUCCAGAAGAACUUCCCCCUCAAUCUUCUGGGGCGAGCUCCACUAUGAAGCAGGAGACCCCACAACCACCGCACAUUAAAAAGGAAGAGGAGGAAGUCUGGAUCACUCAGGAGGGAGAGUGUCUUCUAGGACCGCAGGAAAAUGAUCUCACCAAGUUGCCACUGACUGUUGUCUCUGUGAAGACUGAAGAUGAUGAAGAGAAACCACAACUAGACAACCUUUUAGCUCCACUAUCAGAUAGUGAAGCUGAAGACGAGGUUGAAGUACCUUUGAGCAGCGAUACAGACUGUGAAGGUGAUAUGAGGAUUCACACUGACAACAAACACUCUGAAUGCUCUAAAAAGAAGAGAGGUAAAGAAUGUUUGACCUGCUCAGUUUUUGCUAAAAGCGUUGAAAAACAGAGCAAUUUAACUCAACACAUGAGAACACACACAGGAGAAAAUACGUUUAAUUGUUCCGUUUGUAGUAAAAACUUUACUCACAACCACAAUUUGACUCAACACAUGAGGAAGCACACAGGAGAAAAAACAUUUAAUUGUUCAGUUUGUGGACAAAGCUUUAUUAAAAAGUGCCAUUUGACUCAACACAUGAGAAGACACACAGGAGAAAAACCAUUCAACUGCUCGGUAUGUGGGAAAUGCUUUUCUCAAAAGAGCAAUUUGACAGAACACAUAAGAAGACACUCAAAAGAAAAAACAUUUAUUUGCACAGUUUGUAGUAAAAACUUUUUUUCCAGAUCAGGUUUGACGCAACACGCAAUGACACACAGUGGACAAAAAACAUUUAGUUGUUCGGUUUGUGGGAAAAACUUCUCUCAAAACAGGUAUUUGACGCAACACAUGAGAACACACGCGGACAUGAGCACACACACGGGAAAUAAAUCCUUUAAUUGCUCAGUUUGUAGUAAACGCUGUUCUUCCAGGUCAUGUUUGACUGAACACAUGAUGAAACACACUGGACAAAAGCCCUUCAGUUGUUCAGUUUGUGAUAAAACCUUUUCUCGCAAGGGCAAUUUGAUGGAGCACACAAGACGACACACAAAAGAAAUAACGUUUAAUUGCUCAGUUUGUAGUAAAAUCUUUUUUUCCAGAUCGGGUUUGACUCGACACCUAAUGAAACACACUGGACAAAAAACAUUUAGUUGUUCUGUUUGUGCUAAAAGUUUUACUCGAAACAGCAAUUUGACUCAUCACAUGAAAAGACACACAGAAGAAGACAAUUGUCGAACAUUUAGGCUGCACGAUUUUGGAAAAAAAAAACCUAAUUAAGAAUUUUGUAAGUGUAAGUGGACUUACUUAACUAUAGAAGUAAUUAUUGAAGGGAGACUGUCAAUCAACAUAUUCUUGUCUCACAUUUGAACACUGUGCAAUAAUUUACUAAAGAAUAUUUUUGCGUUACUCAGACAGACUCAGAGCUUGUGUGCUCUUAAACUGAAGAAAUAAUCAUUAAAAACCAUACAGUGCUCAUAAUGUAAUUUAGUCAUGUGAUGACAAUGCGAGUAUCUAUUUAAAAUUAUAUACACUUUAAUUUCCUGUUAGUGUAAAGUUGUUUGCCAUUGUUAAUAGAAAGUACAAAACCAGUGAAGUUGGCACGUUGUGUAAUUUGUGAAUAAAAACAGAAUACACUGAUUUGCAAAUCAUUUUCCACUUCUAUUCAAUUGACUGCAAAGACAUGAUAUUUAAUGUUCGAACUGAGAAACUUUUUUUUUUUUUUGGAAAUAAUAAUUAAUUCAGAAUAUAAGGGCAGCAACACGUUGCAAAAAAGUUGGCACAGGGGCAUUUUUACCACUGUGUUACAUGGCCUUUCCUUUUAACAACACUCUGUAAACGUUUGGGAACUGAGGAGACACAUUUUUUAAGCUUUUCAGGUGGAAUUCUUUCCCAUUUUUGCUUGAUGUACAACUUAAGUUGUUCAACAGUCUGUUUUCGUAUUUUAGGCUUCAUAAUGCGCCACACAUUUUCAAUGGGAGACAAGUCUGGACUACAGGCAGGCCAGUCUAGUACCCACACUCUUUUACUACGAAGCCACGCUGUUGUAAGAUGUGGCUUGGCAUUGUCUUGCUGAAAUAAGCAGGGGCGUCCCUGAUAACGUUGCUUGGAUGGCAACAUAUGUUGCUCCAAAACCUGUAUGUACCUUUCAGCAUUAAUGGUGUCUUCUCAGAUGUGUAAGUUACCCAUGUCUUGGGCACUAAUACACCCCCAUACCAUCACACAUGCUGUCUUUUCAACUUUGCGCCUAUAACAAUCCGGAUGGUUCUUUUCCUCUUGGGUCCGGGGGACACGACGUCCACAGUUUCCAAAAACAAUUUGAACUGUGUGUAACCCGGAUAAUAGUACAUGUGUAAUAUAAAGUACAUUAGAUACAUUGUUAUAAAAGUUAAAAAAGAUAAUUCAUUGGGUUUCAUUUAUCUAUACUUUGAAAAAUAGUUUAUUAAAAUAGGUUAAAAACAUAGUUACAAGGGGAAAAAAUGUGAAAUACAUAUUUGUUUUAUAUACAAUUUGGUAUUUGUGGAGAAGUGUUUUUUUCCAAUUAUUUUCCGGUCCUUAAAGGGGAUGAUACCUUGUGUAGGAAGAGAAGAAAACAAGAGUGAUUCUCAAGACACAGCGAUAGCUAAAGUUCUUUGUUUUAGAACUUUCAGUCAAGUUUUGUGCGGUGGUUUGUCGCAAAGAGAAUCCAUUGUGAGUGUGUGAUUAGUGUUAAAAGACAGUGGUUCCAACGCGGAGCUGUGGACUGUGCGUUUGCCGCUUAUUACUAGCUUAUCGAGUUUGUAGAAAAACAACCUCUCUUAAAGACUGUACUGUAGAUAGAUAGAUAGAUAGAUAGAUAGAUAGAUAGAUAGAUAGAUAGAUAGAUAGAUAGUACUUUAUUGAUUCCUUCAGGAGAGUUCCCUCGGGAAAAUUUUAAUUCCAGCAGCAGUGUAUAGAAUUGAGAUCAAAUUUAAAAAAGAAAAUAAUGGGGGAAUAAAUGGAAAUAAAAUGGAAAAUAUUACAAUAACAAUAAAAAUAAAAAGCAACAAUAAGAAUACAAAUAUAACAGUGACAAUAAGAAUAUAACAAGAGAAACUAGGCAGUAGUGACCAUGUUAUGAAAAUGUAUUGCACUGUAUUGUUAUUGUUUUGCAUCCCCUGUCAUCCUAGUAGCCCCCUGGCCCCCAGAGAGGAGUUCACUGCAAAAAGUCAGUGUUCAAAAAGAAGAAGAAAAAAUACAAAAAUUAGGGGUAUUUUAUUUGACCUAAGCAAAAUUUUCUGCCAAUAGAACAAGAACAUUCGGCUUGUCAAGACUUUCCAAAACAAGUAAAAUUAGCUAACCUCAAUGAACCCAAAAAUACCUUCAAAUAAGUAUAUUCUCACUAAUAACAAGUGCACUUUUCUUGGUAAAAUAAAAAAAGACAUUUUUGCUCAAUAUGUUGAAAAAUAUUCUUAAAUUAAGUAAAUACUAGUGCCAUUAUCUUGACAUGAACUCUCCUGAAGGAAUCAAUAAAGUACUAUCUAUCUAUCUAUCUAAUGGUAUGCGCUCGGCAUCAUGAUUUUUUUUUUCAUGCUUGAAGUAAUAAAUUAUUACUUUAAAAAAGUAGUUUUAUACUGGUGAGUGUUGAUGACACAGCUUUGCAACAGUUGAUAUUCUAGUUUCAAGCAUGUUUUACUCAAUAUAGGUCAUCAAAUCUCAGCAACAAGCUGUAAUAUCUUACUGAGAUCAUUUAGGACAAAUCCCUUAAAACAAGUAAAACACUCUAACAUAAAAUCUGCUUAGUGAGAAGAAUAAUCUAAUCAGACAGAAAAUAAGCAAAUAUCACCCUUAUUUGAGAUAUUUAAUCUUACUUAGAUUUCAGUUUUUGCAGUGUUGUACAGUCUGAUGGCAUGUGGGACAAAAGAGUUUUUGAGUCUAUUAGUCCCGCACUUGGGAUGAAGCAGUCUAGCACUGAACAGGCUCCUCUGGCUACUGAUAAUGCUAUGCAGAGGGUGACUGGCAUCAUCCAGGAUGCUCACUAGUUUUUCCACAGUCCUCUUCUCUGCCACCGUCACCAGUGAGUCCAGUUUUAUUCUGCCUGAUCAGUUUCUCCAGUCUGGAGCUGUCCUUCUUAGAUGUACUGCCCGCACACGAGCAUCGAUACAGGCCUGCAAAGUAGGGUGUUUUUGAAUGCCGGCUUCAGUUCAGUUAUUUCCAAGUAAUUAUUCUGGGUGAAUAAUAAAUAUACUGUUGUUUCUGUGUUUGAACAGUGGAGUUUGCUGUACAUUCCUGUGAAACGUGACAUACUAAUUUGCACUUUUAUCAUGUUUGCAUUGUCUUUAUUAAAGGGAGGGGUAUUUGUUCAUACUUUACCUGGUGUAUGGUGGUAAUUUAAUUCAGGUCUUUAUGUCUGGUAGAUUUUAGACUAUUGUGUCAUAGUGACCCAAAUUAAUAAAAAAAUAGUUUUAGAUUGAAACUAUUUAGUACACACUUGAAAGAACCCCCAGCUCAAAUCAUUUAUGAGUAAACAAGGGCUACAUGUGGACUCGUCGGACCACAGAACACUUUUCCACUUUGCAUCAGUCCAUCUUAGAUGAGCUCGGGCCCAGCGAAGACGGGGCGUUUCUGGGUGUUGUUGAUAAAUGGCUUUAGCUUUGCAUAGUAGAGUUUUAACUUGCACUUACAGAUGCAGCGACAAACUGUAAUUACUGACAGUGGUUUUCUGAAGUGUUCCUGAGCCAAUGUGGUGACAUCCUUUACACACUGAUGUCGGUUUUUGAUGCAGUACCAAGGCCUCGAAUUUUAACUUUUUAAGGUCACGGCAAGUGUUGCCUUAAAAGAGGGCUCAUAUUUUAGGGCACCAAGGCAAACAUUAUUUUCUUUCGAGGCAUAUAUAUAUAUAUAUAUAUAUAUAUAUAUAUACACUACCGUUCAAAAGUUUGGGGUCACAUUGAAAUGUCCUUAUUUUCAAUGAAGAUAACUUUAAACUAGUCUUAACUUUAAAGAAAUACACUCUAUACAUUGCUAAUGUGGUAAAUGACUAUUCUAGCUGCAAAUGUCUGUUUUUUGGUGCAAUAUCUACAUAGGUGUAUAGAGGCCCAUUUCCAGCAACUAUCACUCCAGUGUUCUAAUGAUACAAUGUGUUUGCUCAUUGGCUCAGAAGGCUAAUUGAUGAUUAGAAAACCCUUGUGCAAUCAUGUUCACACAUCUGAAAACAGUUUAGCUUGUUACAGAAGCUACAAAACUGACCUUCCUUUGAGCAGAUUGAGUUUCUGGAGCAUCACAUUUGUGGGGUCAAUUAAACGCUCAAAAUGGCCAGAAAAAGAGAACUUUCAUCUGAAACUCGACAGUCUAUUCUUGUUCUUAGAAAUGAAGGCUAUUCCACAAAAUUGUUUGGGUGACCCCAAACUUUUGAACUGUAGUGUAUAUAUACAUAUAGAAACAUGUUUUUUUUAAUUCAUUAUUAAUAUAAACUUGUCAGAUUUUUAUAAUUUCAUGAUGCCUUUACAUUUUGCUAAAGGGAGGUAUUUUUACAGUAGCCUGCUCACAGCCAGAUUAGAUUUUCAUGCGAAAAUAUUGUAAUAUUUGGUUUGAAAUCUUUUAAAUUUCCACAUGCCAGUAUAUCAAAAUAGUGUAUGAAAGUUUUUGGCUGUUUCAUUUCUCAUUAUUUCACAUCAUCUCCCUGUAUUUUCUGGUGAUGAGAACAAACAGAGUACGAGAGACAGCAGAUAUAUUUAUCAUAAAUAGAUCAAUAGAAGCACUAAAUUCUUUGAGAGAAUCAGAAAUGUGUACAAAGAUGAUUUCCCAGGACUCAUUGAAGAGUAUAUUGAUUGGUUUGUAUAAGAUCUGUAAAACAAUUAAAAUUGGAGGCAAUGGCAAGAAAAAGUCAUAAAAAUAGGAUGGAAGAGAGUCUGGCAACUACUGAACAUGUUUUUUUUAUGACAUUUUGAACAUUUAAACAAAUAUAAACCUUUAUGUGUUGCCACUUGGAAAGAUGUGUUGUUGCCUUUCGUUUUGUUGUUAUGUAUCGUCUUGUUAUUUAAAUAAAGAUGAAGUAAAAAGUGGUGUUCAUAUUUCUCACGCUGACCUAAGAGUAAUAGGAACCCUCCCGCGAGGUGGCCCCUCUCAACAGCCGAAAAGUCUUUGCACGGCCACUCGUCGUGACGAACGACUAAAAAGCAAGUUACUGUGGUGGAAUCAUUUACUAUUAAAAGGUAUCAGGUAUGAUGAGAGAGAAACACCAUGUCACUCUGUACAUUGUUAAAUAUGUGGUGGAAGACCUUGUUAUCCAACUACUAAAACUACUUUAUUAUUUAGUUGCAUUAACAGAAGUAUUUAAUUCAAACAUACGUUUUUCCUUUUAUAGUGCAAUUUAUAUUAGUUGUGGGGGGGAAAAAAAGUCAAUUAAAAUGUACAUUUACCACACAACAAAUGUGUGUUGAAGGGGGUACAUCAUGCAAAACCUUUUUUUUUCACACUAGUACAUGACUCAUUACUAGUACUAGUAAUGAGUCAUGUUAUAUACUGGGAAAUUAAAAAUAUCUAACUAAUUAGUAUCCAUAUUACAUAAGAUUAUUAUCCAAUUGUUUUUUUUUUAAUUUAUAUUUAAAGCAGCAGGAGGUUAUUUACCAAUAAAUAUAUUUUUUUAAAUUCUGUCCCAAAAGAGUACACCACAUUGUCUCCUUAAUCUUACAUUUGUGUCACAUGACAGUUCUUAUUCCUGUAUUUAAACUAGGGCUGGGCGGUACGCCGCUAUUAUAGUUAAUACUGGUAUAUUUUAGAAAGCGAUAUAUAUUUGAGGCUAUACCGCCAUACCGGUAUCUUUUGAUGUGCCUUUGUUACGGCAGUUUGCUCUUCUCUGCGCCUGACGGGCGAAGCACAGGGCGUCCUCUUUGGCUCAGCCCCGCCCCGUGCGUGUUUAUGUAGGCUUCUCUGACGCACCACAGCAAACUUUUGUUUAAAAAUAUUUUGGCGCAAUGCCGACUUCUCGACUCCUGAGUGAUGCGAUGCUUUGGUCAGCGACUGCAUUUGGCGAUUGAUGAGUGGCUACAGCUUUAUUUACACAUACACCAAUUUGCUCGGUAACUUACACUCUGCGUGUAUGUACAACACAACUACACAAUAUUGUCACAACACAAACACAAUUUCAUGAUCUUUGAUGUACACUUCUGUAAUCCAAAAAGGAGGCGAGGAAAACACCCUCCAUGUUUUUCUCAAUCAAAGUAGUGUAGCUGCUGUUCUUAGCAUCACUCUAAGUAAAAAACAACAACAUUUAAUGCUCAGUUUGCUGUGAGAGAUUAACUCAGAAGGAUACUAUGGCAACACAUUUAAACACACAGAUUGUCAGACUGUGUGUAUGAUACCAGAUUCCUCAUGCGAUAACAAAAAAUGCACCUUUGAUUGUAGCUAUACUGAACAACUAAAUGUUUAUUUUCCUCUCCAAUGUGUUUAUGUGUUGAUUAAAACCUGACCUGGAAAAAAAGCUUUUACCACAUAAAGAACAAUUAGGUUUUUUCUCCGCUGUGUGUUCUCAUGUGUCGAGUCAAACUUUGUUUUCCAGAAAAGCUUUCACCACAAACUGAACAGUUAAUGUUUUUUCUCCUGUGUGACUUCUGCAGUUUGGCCAAACUGAACUGGAAAUAAAAGCUGUUGCCACAUACUGAACAAUCAAGUGUUUUUCCUCCAGUGUGUGUUUUCAUCUGCUCUCCCAUAGGGGCCUUUUGUGAAAAGUCUUUCCCACACACUGAACAUUUCAACGCUAUUUCCCCAGUGUGCGUUUUCAUGUGUUGAGUCACAAGGCUCUCUCCAGGAAAGCCUUUACCACAAACUGAACAUUUAAAUGUUUUCCCUCCAGUGUGAGUUCUCAUGUGAUUGGUCAAACAGAACUUCAAAGAGAAGCCUUUGCCGCAAACUGAACAAUUGAAUGGUUUUUCUCCGGUGUGCGUCUUCAUGUGUCGAGUCAACAGGCUCUUUCGAGAAAAGUCUUUCCCACAGACUGAACAAUGAAAUGUUUUUUCUCCAGUGUGUGUUUUCAUGUGUUCCGUCACGUGGGUCUUUUGAGAAAAGCCUUUAUAGCAUACUGAACAUUUAAAGGUUUUCUCUCCAGUGUGUGUUUUCAUGUGUCGAGUCACCAGGCUCUUUCCAGUAAAGCCUUUACCACAAACUGAACAUUUGAAGUUUUUCUCUGCAGUGUGAGUUUUCAUGUGUUUGGCCAAACUGAUCUUUGAAGUACAACUUUUACCACAUUCUGAACAAUCAAAUUGAUUUUCUCCCGUGUGA